AUGGAGCGCCACCGCAAGCCCGACGUCUAUCAGAUGGAGGUGGUCAUCUUUGGCGCGAAGUCAUCACCGGCAACGGCCAGCUACGUGCUGAGAAAGGCACUUCUGGACUAUGGAGCGGAGACAGACAAGGUUCUCAGUAGAAGUCCCGAGCAACUGGCCAAGUCGUUCUACAUGGACGAUUGCCUGUUCUCUUGCAUGACGGAAGACGCCGCCAAACAGCUGUACGCUGACGUGAAGGAGGCACUGGAGAGAGGAGGUUUUCACCUCACGAAGUGGAGAAGCAGUUCCCCCGCUGUGCUGAAAGGCGUUCCAGAGAGUGAGAAAGCCAGCGCCUCUGCGAGCCUAUGUCUCAGGAGCUCGCACACCGCUGAAAAGACGCUGGGCAUCGCAUGGGAGGAAGACGAGGACACAUUGGGGUUUCGUCUCCAAGCCAAAGAAGUGAGUGCAACCAAGCGUGGUGUGCUCAGCAAAGUGUCAACAAUCUUUGACCCUCUGGGGAUUGCUGCUCCUGUUACCGUGAGAGCAAAGAUGAUGAUGCAGCGACUCUGGUGGAAACAUCUGGAGUGGGACGAGCCACUACCCGAACCUGAGCUGAGCCAAUGGUUGGAAUGGCUGAGUGAAGCAGAGAAGCUGAACGAAGUCGUGAUGCAACGCUGCGUGAACCCCAGCGACCCAGGGACACUGCGACGCCAACUUCAUGUGUUCUGCGAUGCGUCAGAGAGUGCGUUCGGCGCUGUGGCAUACUGGAGGACAACUUCGAGCGAUGGGUUACACCACUGUCGCUUCCUGAUCGGCAAGUGCCGAGUCGCUCCACUGAAGCGACUAUCAAUUGUCCGUCUGGAGCUGCAAGCAGCCGUUCUUGGAGCGCGUCUGGUGGCUACCGUCCUCGGUGAGAUCACUCAGCCACCGGAUGACAUCUUCUGCUGGACGGACAGCAAGGUCGUUCAGCAGUACCUUGGUAAUGAAACCCGACGGUUCAAGACCUUCGUGGCCAACCGACUGGCUGAGAUUCACGAGCUGACCCACAACGCGUGCUGGCUCCACGUUCCUGGGAAGCUCAACCCCGCUGACGACUGUUCCAGAGGGGUUUCGGUGCUCAUGCUCAGUCAGGACGGCAGGUGGCUGACGGGUCCCACCUUCUUGAGGGAGGACGUCAGCCAGUGGCCACCUCAAGAGGAGCUAGCCCAGCUGGCACAGGAUGAAGAGAUGCGGGACGCGCUGGUAUUCACGACUACCAAGUGCACAUCAGAGGAACCGAUUCCAGCGAGGUUUUCAUCCUGGGGGAAGUUCAAGCGAGUCGUUGGAUGGACGAUGCGCUUUACGCGCAACAUGAAGGCGUGUCUUUCAGGACAGCUGCCGAAGGCCACCGGACCACUCUCACGUUCGGAACUGCAAGCAGCGGAGGUGUGGGUCGUUGCCAGGGAACAGGCGCAGUCCUAUGCUGAAGAAGUGCGCUGUCUGACGCAGCAACGGCCGCUGCCUUCGUCCAGUUCUCUGCUUCCUCUGGCCCCGUUUCAGGACGAGGACGGCCUGGUCAGAGUCGGGGGACGCAUCGGCAAGGCAUGCAUCUCGGAGGAAGCCAAACACCCAAUCAUCCUUCCACGGCAAAGGCCGCCCCUGUGCCACCGCGGAUGGCUGAUCUCCCUCGGGAGAGACUCGAAGCUGGACGGCCAUUUCGAAACGCUGGUGUCGACUUCUUCGGGCCGCUGCAUGUGA